AUUUUUUGGUACCAUAGACUUUUCCUUUAAUAAGUGACAAUGAAACAUUGGAUAGUGAUAUUAGUAGUGGAAGCUACAAUUUUUGAAACAUCAUCCUGAUGCUUUGUCUCCACUAGUAUCCUGCACUUCCUCAACAAACCAAACAAAUCAUUCUCUUUAAACCUUUGUUAGCUCACAAUCUUUAUAUCAAAACAAUAAUCUCCAAAUUUCCAAUUAUCACCAACCAAAUACAAUUGGUUAUGUAUAUAUAUAUGUGCAAUCUGUGUGAUUCUACAAAAAAAUCAGGGGUAGGUUACCUGCAACCUUUAACUUAUCUUGAAAUUCAUGCUCUGUCAUCUUUUUCUGUUAAAUGUCUUGCACAUUACAUCAUAUUUCUGUUCUCAGCCUUCAUCAAGACAAAAAGUUCCAAUUAUUUUUACCCAAAAGUCAAAUCUGAAAAACAAUUUCAUAAUUGUUGUUUUGUAGAGCACUGCAUAGCUCAGUACCAAUUAAAGCUCGUAUUCAUUAGCUUCAGCACUUCCGUUUUCUUUAUUUGCAAAGCAAGAAAGCAUUGCCUUCAAGGUGUUUGCUAUUUUGACUGAGAGUAUAUUCAUUUCCAAAAUUUCUUGAAUUGUAUAGCAAUUGGAGCAAAAAGAUGACCCUUUGAGCUUAUACCCAUUUCAAAAAAUGGCUAGAAUUUUAUACCCACUUGAGCAAAAAGAUGGUAUUUUGAUUCAUCAACCUCUCUCUCCUUUCUCUUCCUUUUCGUUUUCUCAAAGUAGUUCUGAUUUUGAAAAACAAUCAACCGCAUCACGACCUUCUGCUGGCAUAAUCAAUCCAGCUAUUCUUUUAGCUAUAGUAAUUCUAGCACUCAUCUUUUUCAUCUAUGGCCUUCUUCAUCUUCUUGUUAGAUUUCUCAUGAAAACACGGCCUUUUUCAUCCAUCUCUCAAUCAAACCGAUACCCAGAAGCCUCUGGCUCCCAUACUCUCCAAAGACAGUUACAACAACUAUUUAGGUUACACGACUCAGGUCUAGACCAAACUCUCAUUGAUGGUCUACCUGUCUUCUUCUACGAGGACAUUAUAGGCUUGAAGGAGCCAUUUGAUUGUGCUAUUUGUUUGUGUGAAUUUUCAGACCAAGACAGGCUCAGAUUGCUUCCCAUUUGCAGCCAUGCUUUUCACAUCAAUUGUAUCGAUACAUGGCUUCUAUCAAACUCGACAUGCCCUCUAUGUAGGGGGACCCUAGUUAGCUCUUGCCUUCCCAUGGAGAGCCCAUUCUUGAAUCUUGAUUCGUCGAGGGAGAGGGAGCAAUUGAGCGGCUUUUUGGGUGAUGCUAAAAAUGAUUUUUCUUGUGGGGCUAGACGAGAAAAUGUUGGUGGGAAAAGGGUCCUUCCUGUGAGGCUUGGCAAGUUCAGAAGCUUGAAUUUAGGAGGAGAAAAUGAAGAGCCAUGUCAAGGGGAGAGUAGUGGCUGCAAGUUGGAUGAAAGAAGAUGUUAUUCAAUGGGUUCAUUGCAAUAUGUAGUUGGUGAUUCAAACUUGCAGGUGGCUCUGUCCUUGGUUAGCGGUGAUGGUGGUGGUGGUGGGAAUUCUGCACGCAGUGGAGAUGUGGAGGGGCAGAAGAUCACCAGCAGGGCUAGAGGUGAGAGCUUCUCUGUUUCCAAGAUCUGGCUUUGGUCAAAGAAGGCCAAGUACCCAAAUUCUUCAGAGACUUCUCUUGGUGCUUAAAUAUUGGUAAGCCAGUUAGUAAUUCAUGAACUCGAAAUUGUAUGACAGGUGAAUUACAAUAGAAUUAUAUUCGCUCGAUCCAUUAGGCAAUACAUUGAUGAAAUCCUAUUCAUACAAUAGUUAUUUUUCUCAUCUUGUUCCUAGUUAA